AUGGGAGAAGAAGAUAUUCAUUCCGAAGGAGAAAAUGCUAUCCAUUAAGAUUCUUUGUUUAGAGAUGAAGAGAAGAUGGAAGAAUCUGCUAAUGUUGCAUACUUACUUACUUUAGGAAUUCUUCUCGGACUCAUUUUAAGAGAAGUCAAUAAAAAGACUAAGUAUACUAGAUUAUCAUAUAGGUUUCCUUAUUCUCCUAUGGUAUUAACUUGUGGAUUAUUAAUUGGUUUACUAUAAAGUUCCCUUGGAUAUUUAGGUGAAAGUGCAAGUAUUUUAAGUCAUAUGCACCCACAUCUAAUUGUAUUUGUUUUUAUUCCUGUUUUGCUUUUUGAAUCUGCAUUUAAUUGUGAUUGGUAUGUAUUCAAAUACUAGAUGAUCAACAUCUUACUUUUAGCAGGACCAGGUGUUGGUUGGGUAUCAAUCUAUUUUAUUUUAGGGUGCCAUACUCUUAGGAAUUGUAUUCAAAUUAUUCCUAUUUUAUAGCGAUGAAGAUAUGAAUUGGUAUUAGGCAUUUACUUUAGGUUCAGUUCUCUCAGCUACUGAUCCUGUAGCUGUUGUAGCAUUGUUAAAAGAAUUAGGAGCUAGUGCUGCUUUCAAUCAUCUUAUUGAAGGUGAAGCAUUACUCAAUGAUGGAGUAGCUAUGGUCUUUUUUAUCUUCUUUAAUAAAUUAUCUAAAGCAGCUGCAGGUAUUGGUGGUGGAGUAACUUUUGGAGGAGUUCUAUUAAAUUUCUUUAGAAAUUCUAUUGUUGGACCUGUUUUAGGAGUUAUUGUUGGCUUCUUUGGAGCUUUAUGGGCAAGAAGAAUUGUAGGAGAUGAUGUUGAAGUUGGAUGGCUAACUUUUGUAUUUACUUAUCUUACUUUCUAUUGGGCUGAAUUUUGUUUCUUCAAAACUAGUGGAUUAUUAGCAGUUGUUUCAUUAGGAUUAUUUUGGAGUGCCUUUGGUAAAACUAAAAUACGAUCUGAAAGUGAACAUGCUGUUCAUACUGUUUGGAGUUUUGUUUAAUAUGCUUGUGAUACUACAGUUUUCUUGCUUGUUGGUAUGAUUGUAGGUACGGAAGUUAUUGAAGAAAGAUAUAUAUACACGUCUGAUUAUUUCAGAAUGAUACUCUUUUACUUUUUUAUGAUCAUUUGUAGAUAUCUUAUGGUGAUUUCAUUUUGGCCUUUACUUAAAAAGUAUGGAUAUCCUAUUUCAUAACCUGAAUUGAUUGUAUUUGUUUAUGGUGGUUUAAGAGGUGCUUUAGGAUUGACAUUAUCAUUAAUGGUAGGAUGCGAUUCUGAUUUACCUCCAAGAUUUAGACAUUUAGCUGUUUUUUUUACUGCUGGAAUGGCAGCUUUAACAAAUUUAGUAAAUGGUACAACAUGCAAAGCUUUAGUAAAUUAUUUGAAUAUGAUUGAAAAUCCAGUAAUAAAAAAGAAAGUAUAUAAACGUUAUUUGACUGACAUGAUUGUGAAUUAAGAAGACACAAUAAAAGAGUUGUAAGAAGAUGAACAUUAUGUAAUGGCUGAUUGGAAUUAAGUGAAAUCAUUAGUGGGAUCUUAAGAAUACCUUCAGGAAGUGAUGAAUUUGGAGAAAGAGAUAAAAUAAAUUUAAGGAGGAAAUAUGAGCAGAAUAUCAUAUGAAGGAUUAACAGAUUCAGAAACAUUUGGAGAAGUUCGUUAUAGAGUUCUAACAAUUCUUAAAGGUCUUUAUUAUUCGAAAUUCGAGCAUGGAUAAUGUGAUGAAGAUUCAGUGAGAUUGCUUGUAGAAUCAAGUGAUGUUGCACUUGAUCAUACAAAUUCAAUUUUGAAUAUAUGGGAAUAAUUAUUCUAGAGUUUCACAAGUUUUAGUAGCAUUAAAUACUUUUUUAAAGCCAAAGAAUGGACGUUCUUAGGUGGAUAUGCUUAAUAAUAUAUAACAAAACAUUUAGGAUUUGUUUAUGAUGUAACUACAACAUUUAUUUCAUGCUCCUAAGAAGUGCUAACCUUAUAAUAACAUAUACCUAUGAAUAAGGCUGCAGUAAAAUUAAUAAUGGAUGAAUUAAGAGGAGAGAUUAAUAAAGCAGAAAUCUAUUUAGGUAGUUUGAAUGAUACUUUUCCUGAAGUAAUUAGAGCAAUACAAACAAAGAGAGCAUCACAUACAGUUCUGAUGCAUUAAAGAUAUCAUUUAGAAGAGAAUCAAAAAAAUGGAUUAGUAGAUGAUAAAGAAUUCAAUUCUCUUAAAGCUAAUAUUGAUUCUAGAUUAGUUGAACUUGAAAAUCAUUCAUUUGAUUGGUAAAUUCCAACUUUUGAUGCUUUUGCAAUGGAAUUUCCAAUUUUCACAGGAGUUCCUAAAGAAGAAUUGAAUACUAUUGUUAAAUCAACAUAUGAAAAAAGGUAUUAAUAAGAUGAAAUAAUAUAUGAGAAAGGCAUGACUUGUUAAAACAUUUAUAUAAUUUAAAAGGGUUCUGUUAAUGAUGAAGUUGGUUCACAUAUUUUGAAAAAAGGUUUAGGUUCUUUAUUAUCUUAUGCUAAUUUAAUUGGAGAUGGUAAAUGUAUGACUACAGCAAGAGCAGCAUCUGAAACUGUUCUACAUUCUUUGAAUUUAAAUGUGCUUAAAUCAUUAAUGUAGAAAUCUCAAGUAUUUGAAUAAAAAAUAUACAUUAAUGCUAUAGGUAAAUAUUCAAUUUAUUUAUUUAUUUAGAAUAUCUAAUAAAAUUGUUUGAAUCAUAAGCAGGCCCUUUAGCUUAAAUGGAAGUUAAAGGUUUGGGUUAGUUUUUGAGAUCUAAAACAUAAUUCAAAAAAUUUGAUGUUCAUUCUAAUGUAGAAUUUAUGUUUGGAGGUUACAUCAUCAAAGGUGAAAUUUAAAGUUGUAUCUCAGAUGAUGGUGAAGGAAUUGAAAGAUAUAGAGAUUAUUGGUAUUACUAUUGUGAAUUAAUUACAUUAGUUAUGUACCUCCUAGAGAAAAUGAUUUCACUGUCAAUAAGCAACUUAUUUGUUUAGUCUUUGAUGAUGCUAUUGAUAUAAUUAAAUAAGACAGAUUAGAAUAAUUUAAUUUAGAAAAUCAUGAAGAAAUUGUUUAGGAGAGAUUCUCAAGAAUUGAUAUCUAGCAUUAAUAAUAGGAAUUGUGA